AUGACCCGACGCACUGUCGUGUCGUCCUUCAUCUUCAAGUUUCCGUCGGAUGGAGGGCCUCAGGUCGCAUUGUUCCGGCGCAGCGACAGAGUGAGAACUUAUCAGAACCGUCUCGCACCUGUAUCUGGCAGCGUUGAUAAGGACGACCCUUCACCAUUGCACGCAGCAUGGCGCGAGAUCAAGGAGGAAACGGGACUGACGCCGGCGGCUCUUACGCUAUUCCGCCAAGGCAAAGACUACCGUUUCUCUGACGAAAGCAUUGGUCGUGAGUGGAUCAUCCAUCCUUUCGCGUUUCGGUUGAAGUCUCCUGAAGAUGAGGGACGGAUUCAGAUCGACUGGGAGCAUACGGGAUUCCAAUGGUUUGAUCCAAGGGAGGUCCGUGACGUUGAUGAAUUCGGGGGAGUGCCAAAAUUGGCGGAAAGUCUUCGAAGGGUCUGGUUUGAGAUUGAACUAGGCGAGAGAAGUGGGAAAGUUUUGAGCGAGGGGUUGCUUGCGCUCCAAAGAGAUCAUGAGAGCGGAGCAAGGCAGUUGGCGGGAAAGGCACUCGAUGUGCUUGUUGACGUGAUAUCAGAAGGAGAUGAGUCGUUGGAGAUAUGGUGGCGGAACACGAGGCUUGCGGCGUGGCAUUUGUGGAAAAACGGAAGGGAGAGCAUGGGUGCUGCAAUUCUGAACGUGCUGACAAGGUCGCUUUCUAUUAUCGACGAUGAGGUGAAGAAGAUUGACAGGGUGUCUCAGGAAUUCCAGGAGACAGUUGCGCGGAAACUACAACAGUACGCGCUGUCAAGGGUCGAGUCCGUCGAUGGCAUCUGGAAGUCUUUCGAAGGGUUCCUCCGAGAGAACCACGAUUCAGGCGACCCGAUCCGCAUCCUCACAUUGUCGUCAAGUUCAACCAUCUUGGAAUGCCUGCACCGGGCUGUCCUUGUGUUCGACUCCGAGUUCGACAUCCGGAUCCUCGAAUCGCGGCCCCUCUUCGAGGGCGUCUCCAUGGCAUCGAGACUUGUCAGCCGCCUACGAGAAUCGGGCGCUGAGAAAGGAAAGAAGGUUAAUGUCUCGAUAUUCACCGACGCUUCGGCCGCAAUCGCGAGCGAUGGCAUAAAACUCGUACUCAUUGGCGCCGAUUUGAUUCGCAAGGAUGGUUCGACGAGCAACAAGACCGGGUCACUGCCAGCGGUCCUCUCGGCUAGAUACUGUGCCCCCAACGCCAAAGUUCUUGUCCUGGCUGAGAACGAGAAGAUUUUGCCGUAUGAACCGCCUGGCCAUGAGGAGAACGACAUUGACGAGGUAGUGGUUUCUUGGAGGCGAGAGGCCUCCUUGCAAGAAGCCGCAACAACUGUCCUGAGGUAUUCUCAAGUUGAAUUACCUGAAGAGGAGGGUCUGAAGGCGAGCGUGAAGAACGUGUACUUUGAAUGGGUUCCGACUGACCUCAUUGAUGGCUACAUGUUCGAGGAUGGGCCGAAGUAUGCAGAGGAUAUUACAGAGCUGGCAGGCCACAUUGGGCGCGAAGCAGAUGCCUUCUUCGAAGAUAUUUAG